AGGACCGACGACGCUUGCAACCUUAGUUGAUUGUUGUACCCACUGUGUGAACAAGUAGGAUCAUGUUUAGCGGCGUACCAUGACUCACGUCGUAUAUACAAUAUGUGUGGUGACCGAAUUUAAGUAUCAGCUGUUAUCGUUUUUUUUCCCACUUAUAGCAGUUUUAACGCACCAGUUGCUGUUUAAUCGCAAGAAUUUCAUCUACCCAGCGAGUUUACAGUUCUGAUAAACAGCGUCUUCAAAUGUCAAUACACUCUUGAGUCAGUCAGUAGUAAUGGAAAGCAGUCUGGUAACUGUGUGUUGUGUUUCGUUUUACGCAUGGCGCUCUCGUAUUCUCAUGAAAACUCUGCCUAUUGGUAUCCCGAACCUGGCAGCCUUAAUUACACAGUUAUGAAACGGAAGAUAGAAGAGAAUGGAGAAAGUGAAGGACCACCUCCGAAAAUUCCUGGGAACUACUCUGUACCACUGCCUUAUGGAUGGCAGCCGCCGAGAGUGCAAGUUAAUAUGAGAGGUGGUGGUAUGAGAAUGGCGAGAGCUGGACCGUGGAGAGGCGGAGCGGUACCGAGAGGAAUGCCAGCAUAUAACCCACGAGGGUAUUUCAGAGGCAAUGGAAGAGGGGGUCGAGUAGCACCACCAAGAUACUAUGAGGUUCUGCAACAGCCAUAUCCGAGAGACUACCAGAAGCCCAGUUGGUUGCCUCACUACCAGCAGCAUGAGCCUCUGUCGCCGCAGCAGCCGCCACCUCUUCCUCCGCCGCCACUUCCACCGCCUCCACAAGCCCAGCAACAUCAGGCGCAUCCUCCACAGCACCAACACCAACACCAGCACCAGCACCAUCACCCUCACCCUCAUCCUCAUGCCCUCUCUUCUUCGGGGACCGGUGACACUUCACAGAUAGAUCCGAACCAGGUGGAGGAUCCAAAUGCAGGAAACAAUAUCGUCGUGGUUCGGAAGGCUGUGACUGCACCUGUUUCUGUUGUUGAGGAGACCUUCACCAAACCUAAGUCAAAUAAGCGACGACCAAUGUCGCAGAGCUAUCCAUCACGUCCUUGGAACAAGGAAGAUGCAGAAAGAGCUUUAGCAGUUGAAUCUUCACACAUGAAAGGUCUCCGAAAUCAGUCUCUGAUCAUUCGGUUCCCAGACCCAGAGCUUACAAAGGAUAUGGUCAAAGCAUUCCAUCCAGGAAUUGAGAAUGUCCAUUUCCAAGUUCCAAGUGGUCCAAGGUACUGCUUUGUUCAAUUAUCUGAAUCAACAAAUGCAGACAAAACCAUGAAGGAAUUAGAGAAGAUUAAAUUUGGAUCAGGAACUUUAAAAGUGGAGAAAAAGUUUUCAAAAGAUGAAGAGGAGCUGUCACCUGAGGCAAUUGAUCCUUAUACGUUAUAUAUUGGAAACUUACCUACAAAAGUUAAUAUAGCUAGUGUCAAGGAGAAAUUCCCAACAGCUUCAAGGAUAGACAUUGGCUUUGCACAGAGGAUGAAGUUCACGCGGUAUGCAUUUAUUAGGUACAACACAGUUGACGAGGCAAUAGAAGCCUACAAAAGCACACACAAUCUUGUUCUCGAUUCGAGAAGCAUCAUUGUCAGGUUUAGGAGACAACGAGGACCCGUGGGUCUACCAGGUGAAAGUCGGCCACCGAAACCUCCAAAGGCUCAAAAGGAAGCAGCAAAAACACAAAAGGGGAAGAAAGAGAAACCUGUUAAACCUAAAGAAGAGGAGGAGGAAGUCGAGGAGGAAGAAGAAGACGAUGAUGAGGACGACGAUGACGAUGAUGAGGAUGAAGAUGAUGAUGACGAUGAUGAUGAUGAAGAUGAGGAUGAUGAGGAAGAAGACGAUGACGACGAUGAUGAAGAUGAGGAACCAGAUGAUCAGGAUGCAGCUGACGACGAUCCUGAUGAGGAAGAUGAAGAAGACGAUGAGGAGGAGGAGGAGGACGACGAGGAUGAAAGGAGAAUACUGAACAGAAUAUUCAACAAUUUCCCCUGAAAAUGGAGGGUUGCCAAGUACAUAAAUAAGAUAACACAUAUGAUGUUAUGUUUUUUUGAAACUAAAAUGAAAACUUGCCUUAUAAAUUGAAUCUUGAUAAUGUUCAAGAUGGUGUCAAAAAUGUAAUGAACAAAAUUUUCUGCAUUCAUUGCUGAUGCGGAGCCAUCUACAUUGGCACUGAUGUGGCGCCAUCUACAUUGGCAAAGAAGAAAUAUUUUUCUAUGUCUAACUACUCUUUUCAGAGAAAGGAUCUGAAAACUGCAAUCAAUUCUAACAUUAAGAAUAAAACUUCUGCAACAUAUUUUCAAAUAUUUUGCUGAUAAAUGCAGGAAUUGUGAAUAAUUGACUAUUGAGAGCCUAUGUUGAAGGCUGCGUAAUAAACAAGGCCACCAUGGACAGCGGUAUGAACAUGAAAGUGUGCCAAAGAUGGGUAGACAUACCUAUAAGUGUUACCAAAUGUCAACACACUAAGUUGAACCAGACUGAUCUGGUGACUGAAAAUUCAGAUCAUAUUGUGAUGAACGUCCCAUAAAUGAAAGUUUUGUCACAAAUUGUGAAAAAUAGCAACUGAGCUGUCAGAUUUAGAGGCAAGUGUACAGAACAGAAACCAUAAAAAGGAAAUGUUUCUACAAUAGUCAUCUUUGUUCAAGGAAAUUUUUAAAACUAUAAUUCAACAAGAUUUAGGAAAGCGGAAUGUCUGUUCAUGUUUGGUGGAGUGCAAGUUGUUUGAUUACAGAAGGAAAUUGCUAGAUAUUUCAUUCACACAAUUGGCCAACAUCCAUCUUUUCUGUAAACAUCAUUUGUGAUGGUGUAGCAAAGGCAUCCACCGUGGUCACAUUGUGCCUGUUACUGCAUUACAGGUUGACAAAACAAAUUUCCAGCCAAAACUAUGUUGUGGCCAGUAAAGAUUACUUUGAGAAUGAGUAAAGAUAUCUUGCUUAUACUUUAUAAUUUAUGAUUUUGUAAUACAAUUCACCAAACUUUAUAGACUCACAUUGCAAUUCAAGUUAACAGCAAGCUGAGCAAGGGCAUGUUAUUUUUCUAAAACUUCCCCUUCAAGUGGAUCUGCCAAAUGUGAGAGAUCAUUCAUGGCAUAUAAUCUUAGUUCAUCAGGAUGAUGCAUAAUUUUAAGAACAACACCAGAUGGAUGCCAUGGUGAAUUUUCAAGGCAGCUAGCAUCAGGGGGAGUUAGGAUAGAACUGCAAAAGAUGGUGCUUAAAUACGAGACAAUAAACUGUUUACACGGUUGUAGAUAAUUUUAAAGAAUAAAAAUAUUUAGCAGAAAGUGCUUUGUGUAAAAAUAAAUAUACAUUUUUUUUAUGCACACUGGAUUCUUACAGUUCUAUGUGUAAAAUGUUCUGUAUUAUGCAACAUUGGACCAAAAUUAAUAUAACGCUGAAGACAUAUUCCCAUAUGACACAAAAGUAAUCUGAUUUGUGGGAAUCUUCACGAAGUUACCAAUUUCUUAGCUAUCAACAUUCAUUUCUUUUGGCUUAUCCGGAAAUUAGAAAGAUUUCAUGUAAUAAAUACAAUUUUUUUAGGAUAAAAGAACAAUACUUGAAUGCCAUGUCAGUUUUUACAAUCACAUGAACUUGAUAAAAAAGUGAAAUGAGCUGAUUGGUUUACUGCCAUGAACAUUUUAGAGAGAAAAAGGACAAAAUUAUUAUUUAGUAAUUACAUAUUUUUCAAAAUACUGUGACAUUGUUUAUAGCAUCUUGCUGCCAAACUUACCAAGUAUUAGGUAAAAAUGUAUAUGUUAUUUGGGAGAAAAAAUAAAUUUUCAUUGAUGCAAUGCCUCAGUGACCUCACUUAAAUGAGGCUAUACUCCACAUUCCCAGUAUGUUUUCUGUCCCUGUGUUUCACCUGUAUAAGUACUGUGACCACAGAUAUAUUAGUCAUCAAAAUUAACUCUGAUUCCAGUAUAAAAGGCUCUGAAUUGUCCCAGUUGAAAUUAAAGCAUAUUGUCACCUGGAAAGUGGUAGCUGGAAAUGUCUUUGCAGACCGACAUGACAAAUUACUGUGAACAUCGUUAAGUUUGUUGAUAAUAAGAAUUAGAAAGGAAUGAGGCAAUUCCCUUUCAAGGUUUUAAAAUUUCGCAAGAUAGUUGUGAGAGAGACAUGUAAAUAGGAGGGAAAUUUUGUAUAUACCCUAAAGAAAAAGAACCAAAAUACUUACAGUAACUAUUCCAUUGGUAAUGGCGUGCUUGCAGGCAGCAGUUUCUGUGAUAUUGUGAACAACAUUAUCAGAUGCUAAAUUUUCUUUAAGAUCAUAACUUUUGUUGGACAGCAGUGAAACUCAGUUGUGUCAGAAUAACUGACAAGAAAUAUCCUUUCUAUAGGAUUUGGUUUUUAUGGCUGCCAACAUUAACAAGUGAAGCAUUUGUGUCUAAAGGACAAGAUAUAUUGUGAAUGGGUAUGCUGGAUCAAAAUAUUGGGGAAAAAAAGAAGUGUAAUUAAGGAGGAUUGGUUCAUUCAGAUGAUAUGUGUAUUCUCAAAUUAUGUGCAGUGAAUAAAUGCUGGCAAAGUGACACCAUGUGAGACAUACUGGUAAACAAAAGUUCCAAGCAGUGUUUAUUGCUGCUAGACUUUUUAAGGUUCUGCUGCACACUACUGUAAUAAUAAAGGGGCAUGUGCUGUUGAUAACUUCAUUCCCUUUUGGGGACAUAAACAAGACGUUGACACUGUUCUGGCCAUGACCACAGUUGACUUUGGCAGAUAUGUUCUAUGUUUCUGAUUAAAUUAUUUUGCUCGUGAGUUUCUGUGCCAGUUUGCACACUCGCUCUCAUAAAAGUGACUAGCUUCAUUCUUUUUUCCUCCCUGCAUUCUUUUUCCUUAUCAUCAUCAUCAUCAUCAUCAUCAUCACCACCACCACCAUCCUUCAACCCUUAUUUGGCACUGAUACACAUUUUAUUAUAUUCAUAGCGUGAAUUUCAUCAUAAAAUAAUUGUUUGAUUUCUUCUGUUGAGCUCUACUCUUGCACAAUGGUUAUUCAUCUUAUUUUCAUCCAGUGCUCAUGUUGGUGGUUCCAAAUUUCCUGUUCAGCUGACCAUAUUUAUUUUACUACAGUUGUUUUCUUCAUAUACUACAAAUCAGAUAGAAUAUAUGCAAAAUGUGAUUUAGAAUAUAUUUAUGUUAUUUUAGGAAAAUUUCUUUUAUUAUGUAAUGUUUGAUUGAAUUAGCUUAGGAAAUUAAAUAUCAGUAAACACAGACAGCUGAUAACAAAUGGAAGUAAAUAUAGUGAUAAGUUUCUUUUAAUAGAUAUUCUCUGAUUUCCUAGAUUUGCCUGCUAACUGAAAUUGGUGAAAGUAUAAUUAAUGUUGUUCAGUUUUGUUAUGACUUGGAAUUUUUUCCAGUUUUUCUUAACAUUUAGAUCAAAUGGUAUUUUUGGCCAUUUAACACACAGCAUAAAAUAUCCAAAUAGUUCAAGUAAUCAAGCAACAGCAGAAGUACUUGUAAUAGAUGUAUUUAAUGUGUUAGAUUUACAAAUUUCUAAAGAAUAUAAUUAAUUGAGUUGAAGCAUAAUUUCUGAAAAUUUCUGUGCUUUCUUUUCAGUAUGCAUCAAUGCUAGCUUGCAGAGAUGACAGUGAACAGAAAAUUACGUUAUGGAGUCAAAGUUAUUAUAUUGAUCACCUAAAUAUUAAUUGUUUAAACUUGCAUUUUGUGUUUCAGCUGGCAAGGUAUUGCCUAAGAUGUAGAGCUGCACAUUUUUACUUAUGUGGAGUUUAUAUUUAUAUUUUAUAUUUUUUGCCUAAAGUUCUGGAUAAAAUAUAUGUGGAUGUUGGAGAAGAUAUCUGAGGAAAUCUCGCAGGAAAUUAAAAAUAGCAUCCGACACAUUUAAGGCACCCAUAAAGAAACUGUUAUUGAACAUUAUCAAUGGAUGUACAAAAUCACAUAACAUGCACCCAUUUGGAGUAGGGUUAGAAAUGUGGGAGAUUUUGGAAAAAAAAUUCAGUUUGUGUGGAAAGAACACAUGUCAGUUUACUUAUUAAAAAUAACAUCAUAUUCUUCCAGUACUAUGGAAAUUUCUAUAAAAAGUUAUUUUCAGAUAUGGAAUUUUAAAACAUAUUGAAAAGUGGUGCAAAAUAACAUCAAGAUAAUGGCAUAUAAGUGAAGUAGUUGUAAAUUUCAUAUUUUUGUCGUCUCGUUUAUGAAUCACAGAGAAGAUGUAUGCAGACUUCCAUAAAAUAAUAUAAAUUGUGUAAUUGCUGACUUAGUUCCACUUAAAUAAAUCGUGAUGAACCUGACAAAACAAACGUAUCAUACUUUUAAGUUGUCACUGCUCUAUCACAGAAUAUUUGUCGGAGACAUACCUAAUGUUGUCAUCUUGGAUGAGUUUUCUUGCACAAGCAACUGCCAAGUAUAGAAGAAAGAAAUAUUGUGUUUGAAAACUUUAUGGAGACAAGGAGACAGGCAUACAAAUUAAGAACUUAUUUUUGUCAACAAAAUGCAUAAAAAGGACUCAAAUAAUGAACACAUUCAGGGGAGAAAAGUGCUGUUUUAUAGUCACCAAUAAUCCAUCCAACUCUAUCAUCUGUCUGAAAGAGAAAAUAAGUGCUUCACUAAGAGAACAGUCACAUUGAAAGAAUGCCACAGAAAACUUUUUUAAUCAUUUUCAUUCAUCAUGUUGCAAGAAGACACCAGUGCUGCGUGUUCUACCCUUUUUUGUCUUUCUAUGAAUAACAGCGCAUUUUGUGAAGUAUAUAGUAUAUUUAUAUUAUCAAAAAUAAUCAAGUUUGUUGUGAAGAAUGAUAGUGUGGUAUUAAAAUACAGUCUGGUAAAGGAUCAACGGCAUUCUGAUACAUCAGGAUUUAUCCAUGAUGGUGUUAAACAGAAGAGUUACUUCCACGAUCUGGUGAUCAAUAAAUUUAUGACAUGUAAGUGUAAAUGCAUCGUAUUACCAUUUGCAUGAAGAAAAGAUGCUGAGUGAAUUGGAAUUAAGAAGGUAAAAAGCAAGUGGGAUAGUAUGACUUACAUUAUAACAGAACAUUGAGAAAACUACAUAUGGAAAUAGUUACAACUAGUGUUUAAAUACCAGUGCCAAGUGUGUUAAAAGGUGUCAGGGAAUAGAAGAUUGCGAAUCUCAUUGUAGAUGCCAGCUACAUUGUACCCAAGGAACUGAGUGUAAUAUCAGUGGGAAAGAUGUGUAUACAAUGGAUUCUGAAAAAUCAAAGUGUUAAUAUGUUAUCUAAGAUAAAAUGUGCAUAAUUUUAUACUCAGUAUGGAACAUUUUUGUUUCUUCUGGAGAACAGAUAUAACAUCAAAUGAAGUUACUUGCGUCAAGAUAGCACAGGGCCAAGUUGAACAAACAUUAAUCUGUUUUCAUUUCAGAUUAAGGAAAAUUUGUAGCCAGAGUAAGAGUAUUCAUAUUGUGUAUGACAGUUUCAAGUGAUGAGGAUAAAAAUUAGUUUCACAAUAAUUAUUGUUGUUGAGCGGGCUCUGGAGAGCUCAGUAUUUUCAACAAAAGUGACAGAGUAAAAGUGUGAUGUUUCUUAAAAAAUAUGUAUACUCAUAUGCCAUUCUCAGUAUAGAGAUUAGAUCAGAGUAUAUUUUGUCUGUAUACACUGAAAAUGACUUAGAGGUUUCAGGUAUAUCUCAUAACAGGACAAAUUAAAAACUUUUAAACUUCAAUGAAUGUGCAAGCAUAAUGAAAGUAUGCAGAAGUGAAUGAGGAUAACAGAAGACUCUGACAAGAACAUUGAAGAAUGAACAACAAAAUAUUGCUUUAUUCAACAGUGGACUAGUUACGAGAGACAUGACUAAUUGUGUACCACAAAAGGAUAGUGGAGUCACCCCACACUAGUCAAUAACCUCCGCUGAACUGUGUCUCAGGAGUAUAAUCUGGAGGGUACUGGAGCUUGAAUUGCUUAAUGCUACUGCAAGUCUGACAAGAUUUUAUUGAAGAAACUAGUGAAAUCUGUUGCCAUAAAAAGAUGUGAAAAACAAGAGGGCUUUCAUGCAGUGAGUAAGAAUAGCAUUCCUGAAGUGUCUACUAGAAGAAAAGGCGGCAAAUAUACUUCACUCUAUUCAGAAUUUUUCAAUUUCUAAUGCCGAGAGUUAAUGUGAAACUUGCAUCGGAAAUCAAAGUGUAACAUAUGUGACACAAAUGUUAUUGUAAGUAGAAUACACUUACUAUAUAAACGUUGAAAUUCAAGAUGAAAGUGGAAGAAAUCUGUCUUUACAUCAAACCCUGACUCUGCAUUCUGAAAGUGAUUAACAGGCCUCACUACCAUCUGAAAAGCUCAAAUCGUGUGUUCAGUUUAAGCAUAAGCUAUUUAUUCUUGUCAAGGUAUUCGUCCAAGUGAAGAAAGAGAUGUAUGUGUUCAUAAAACAUACAUAUUGGAAGUAUUAUUCUAAAUAAUACAGAGUGGUGAUUGUUGAUUUGAAAAGAAAGUAGUGAAAAUUAACAAUUAUAUCUUACAACGAGUGAUGGGUUUCUGUAUUUAGGGCAAUGAAGUAAAUAACUGAAAAGAAAAUAUUGUAAAUUAAAAGUAACGUCAUAGAACCAGUGAUGAGUUUCUCUACGUAGGACACUGAAGGAAGUAACUGGAUGAACAGAAAAAAGAAAUAAACAGAAGAGUAAAAGGGGCCAUGAACACUUUCAUGUUUCCUGUGUAUCUGAAAUGGAAAGUUUCCAAUCAGUGCUGCUGUUGACGAUCAGAUAGGAACUUCUAAUGUUAAAACCAUUCAGAAAGUAAGAGUUGCCAGUGGGCAAUUGAAAGAUGCAUAUUGCGAAGUAUUGCAGGAAAACAAGCCAUUGGAUUCGGGGACAAACUGGAGUGGAAGACAUAAUUAUAACACUAAUAAAAUCAAACAGGCAUGAGUGGAACAUUUUGUCAAGCAAAUUGAUGAUAGACGAACUAACAAAAUCAUUCUGUAGAUUUCAAGAAAUAAGAAAGGAUAGGGGCUUUAGCCAAGCAGAAGAUGACCUUACGACAUUGUAAAACAAGCAGGAGCAAGUUGUAUGCAUACGGCUGUGAACUGUAAUGCAGGGAGAAGUAUGAAUGAGGCCUCUGCUCACUUGUGGGUGUCAAACAGUUGAGAGUGAGUGAGUGUUUUUGUGAUGAGGUGGCAUGUUAGUUGGAGCUACUGCAAGAAAGUUGAGUCUCAGAGAUUCUAUACUGUCCGGUACAUGAAAGUGACAGUCUUACUCUGUAGUUAAUGCCUUACUAUGUUGUGGACAGUCAAAAUUAGAAAACCUGAAAUAAGUUACAUGAGACUUAAAUAACAAAAUAUAAAUACACUUUAUUGUGUAUAAAAUAAAGAAGGGGCACCAAUACACAGUAUUAGCAUGUUUGCUAGAUGGAGUGAUGAACAGAUAAACCACGUGUUCAUAAGAAAGAGAGAGAUAUUUUGAAGAAAAGGAAGGAAGUUGUUACUUCUUAUUGCAUUAUUGCAUCACUGCAAGUCAAGUGGUGUGUGUGUGUGUGUGUGUGUGUGUGUAGGGAAUAACUGUUGAUGUCAGAACAUUCUGGUUGGUUAUAAACUGAACCUUUGGAACAUCAAAAACGAUGUGAAAUACUUGUUGUUAAUGUGAGACAGAAAAUUGUUUACAAAAUAGUUGUCUGCUUUUGAUUUGAAGAUAAAGAAAUGGAAAAUAUGACAGGUUUUAAAAUAAAUGGUGAAUCUCAGCAAGACAGUAAAGAUAAUCAAAUGUAGAAAAGUAUUUGCAAGUAACUGAAAGUAAAAAAGAGUGAAAAUAGCUGUUUCACCAGAGAAAGAUAAUUGAAAAAUCUGUUGUGUUGUGAAAACUCUUCAUUAGUUUCAAAAAGUUUUUAGUCUUUUGUCAUGUCUAACGCAACGUAAGUAAGUAAGAAAAUCUUUGUAGUCACAAAAUUUGCGUGGAUGAUGUUUGGUAAUGGUGGGAUUGCUGAUGGUCAGUAGAGUGUGAAAGAAAAGAAAAAAAGAUAUUUCAAGUUCUGAAUUUUGAAGUUCUUUACACAAAAUUUAACAAUGGAAACUCCAGGUUUGAAUAUCAACAAUAUAAGGAAAAGAUAGAUUGCUACUCACUGUAAAGAUGACAAAUUGCAUUGCAGACAAGCACAACGAAAAAACACUUACACAUUAGCGUUGGACCAAAGUCUUUGUCAGAAAAGCAAAAACACACACAUUCAUUCACACAAACAAGCAAAUCUCACGCACACAUGACUGUCACCUCUGGCAGCUCGAACGCACUAUUACUUCUGGUCGAUCUGCUAGAGAUGGCGAUCAUGUUUGUGGGUUAUGUUUGCUUAUGUAAAUAAAUGUAUGUGUGUAUGUGUUUUCUUUUCUGAUGAAGACUUUGCUGAAAGUUAAUGUGUAAGUGUCUUAUUGAUGUACUAGUCUGCAACUUGACAUGUUAUCUUUACGAAGAGUAGCAAACUGUUUUCCUUAUAUUAUUUAUACAGAGUGAAAUUUAAUUUGGCUGAUGGGUAUGGGAAAACAGGACAAUAUAGCAGAAAAGUUACUGAAAGACAUCCUAUACAGUUAUGCAAUAGACUGUCUGGCCAGUUUGCACUUCAGUAGGCAAUUUUUUUUUUUAAGUCAAAGAAUCAGAUAAAUAUUCACGGAUGUAUAACAAGAAAAAUCAAACAAUAAAUAAAGUUCAUAGGCUAGUUAGAGAAAAGAGCUGAAAGAGGAACUAUAAGAAGAAAAGAAAAAGGGUGAGGAAAUAGACAACUCACAGUUUUUAAGUAUUUAGGGAUAUUUUAGGCAGCGCACGGAGUGAAUACCACAAUCUUAAUCAAAUUACAAAUAUUGGAGAAGGAGACUUAACACCUGCAAGGUCUAGAAAAGCUGAGGGUAGACUAAAAUUCACAUACCAUUGAAAAACAAACAACAACUUAGAUGUUUUAUAUGAGAAGGAGUGAAAUAUUUAAAAUGAACAAUGAGAUAGAGAGCAUAUUGGUAGUGUGUGUGUUAACAAUGAACUGUAUAUGAUAUUUCUCAUCAGGUGAAGGACAGAAACAUCAUCUAUGUUGCUCUGUUGUGUAAGUGAGCAUAUAGGUAAGAAAAAAUUGCAAGGAAAGAAACUAUCACAAAAUAUUUUACGUGUAUGUUGAAAAUAGUUUCUUCAAAUAAAAUUGAUUCACAUGUUGCAGGUGCGCAUAUAGCAUUUUUUUUAUUGCAUAGAGUGAAGUACUUUUCUAGAUAGCAUCUGCUGCAUAGUGUUUCAACAGAAAGGAGCAGCUUAAUUACAGCUGAUGGUUUCUGUGGUGCAGUGUUGUGUUUUAAUAGUCUUCAGCUGUUAUCAGUUUUAAUUUAUUUGCAUUGUUUAAAUUCCAAGCCAGUUCCAUUGUAGUGCAACUUGAAAUUGGAGGCCAUCUUGCUGUUCUUAUUUGGCUAUAUUUAAAAAAGACAGAAGUGAAAUCAGUUUUUUUUACAGGAUGCAUAAUAUUUGCUGGUAAAUUAGCACUCAGGUCAGAGACUAAAUUAGGUUUUAUGUCAACCUCUUUUGGCAGAAGAGCACCUUUUUAACAAAUUCCAUUUGAUUUUGCAGUAAUUGAUACUGAUACUUUUCUCAUU